AUGCUUCGGCACGCGUUGAAACUUUUUUGCUGCAGUGUGCCGCUAAACUCUCGCGUUGGUAUAUUUCCGCUUCACCUUGAUCCACCCACUGUACAGCACAGGGAACUCUUCCGGCUGCUCGUGGGUGACAUUGGGAAGGGAUGCAGUCCCCCCAGAAGCGGUGGAAACACGGCAGAAAUCCCGUGGUACUUCGAAGGCCUUGCGGGGAGUCUACAGAAGAGUAGAUGUGUGCCUUUUGAGCACCUUAUAUUGGUUCCCAACACACGUUUCCCCGUCGAGCUUCGGCUCUCAGCCCAUAUUGCGGCAUUAACGUCACUUGUGACGCGUGGGCUUCCCCGCGUGCACGUUGAUUUCACCGCACUUGAGAACCCAGAUGAUGAUAUGCUCUGUGUGUACGAAUUAACUCAGAGAUAUAAGAAUAGUACUCUUGUGCAUUGGCUGCAGGAUGCUCAGGAGAUGCAAAAGUGGGCCUACUUCGGCGAUGUGAAACACCGUGUUCCGCUCUUACUCUUGCAAACCGUGAGCAUUCCUGUCACCGCUGUGGGUAAAGCAGGCGACGCCCGAAUGCUUGAAAAGAUCAGCGCCAACAGCGAGGGCAUCUCGAAUAUGCCGGGGGAAGCCGCGGAGCACUCCAAAAAGGAGUGUGGGAGUGUGGGUGGUGAACCACCGCGGAACAGUGAUAAUUCCGCUAAUGGCAGCAAGGUAAGUAGUGAGUACCCAUCGGAUGGUUGGAUAAAUGAGGGUGGUGGCGAAGAGGAAGUUGAAAUAAGCCCGGCGUAUCAAUGUUACCCGAGGGCACUGUGGCUCGCCAAUUCGGACGAUACUCCGUUACACCUUGAAGCUGUGGACGAGGGUGACCACGAAAUCAACAACGCAAAGGAUGACUGUGACGAGGGUGCCGUUACUAUUAGAGCAAACCCCAGUUCACAAGCGGAGGGGGACCCUCACGCCGUGAGCACACGACGUUUUUUCAGUGCCCUCAGCGCCACCCACGAUCGUGCGUUGUGUGCGGUGCAGGUGGGCCGGAAGAUUCAUGACCUUGUGAAGGAACUCUGUCUAACUCCGAGUCACUCUCAAAAACCACACGAAGGUUUCAGUACUGCGCCGAUGCCGCAACCCCGCGUUGAGGUUUAUUCCGUUCCUCGGUGCUGUGGGGCCGACGUAAGGCAAGCGCUAUGGGAACGGGAGGUGGAUCCUUCGGCACUGCUGACGGAGCCUGUAAAUCAUUACAUCAAUAGUCAUGGUCUAUACCGUGAUUAUCGUAAGGAUGUUUUCCCCAAGAUGACAUACAUUUUACACAGUAUACCCUCGAGCGACCGUACUGAGAACAAGAUACGCAAAGGAAGGUUGCCGAAUAUUGGGUUCACUUCUGUUCUCUCCUUUCCGGGGAUAAUCCCCCGGCUUGAAUUGCACUAUGACAAGAACAACAGCUUGGCAUGUGAUUUGUACGAAAAGUUGAGCAUAUUUAGCACACCUGAGGGUAUGGAACCGGAUCUCAUUGUUCCCAUUGGUGGUGAUGGUUACAUGAUGCAUUGCAUUAGGAAUAACUGGAGUCGAUUCCUACCCUUUUUUGGAGUGAAUGCUGGGCAUGUAGGCUACCUUCUGAACGACCCCUCCACCGUCGAGGAGCUUCUCACUGCACCCCUGAAGCUGCACACUACAACCAUGCUUUACUGCUUGGCUGAGAGGGAGGAUGCACUUAGCGGGGAGAAAGUCCUUCUUUCCGAGCUUGCCUUCAACGAUGCGUGGGUUGAGCGUUCGAGUGGACAGACAGCACUCAUCCGUAUUCUUAUCAAUGGCGAGGAGCGGAUUCAUCGAUUACGCGGUGAUGGAGUGCUGGUGUCCACAGCGGCUGGAAGUACGGCUUACUGUCGCGCACUCGGUGCUUCUCCAGUUCCUGUCGGCGCACCCCUGAUCCAAGUGGUUGGGAGUAAUGUAGUGUCACCUGCUCAAUGGAGGCCUACGCACCUGCACCAGGAGGAUCAGGUGGAACUGGAGGUGAUUGACAGCGCCAAGCGACCUUGUCGGUGCUUCGUGGAUUCCGUUGAUGUCGGGAAUGUCACGCGCUUGCAGGUGCGUUCGAGCAGGGCAGCCGGAGUUGUAAUUGCUUUUGCGUGUAGUUGCGAUCUCCAGCAGAAGCUGUACGAAAUGCAGUUCCCCGCGAACAUGUGA